AUGAAAAAACAAGAUCUUUAUGCUGAACUAGAAGAAUAUGAAAGCACAUCCUCAAAACCCACAGUAGAACCAACAGUGAGAAUAAAAUGUUUAUCCGGUUCGAUGUUAAUAACUAUCAAAGAUGCCCCUGUUAAUCACGAAAAUAAUCUAUUUAGUGGCAUGAUAUAUCCCAAGGGUUUAUCGAAGAAUUCAACAUGUCUAACGGAAUAUAGAGAUCAUGACGGUCCCUUACGUUAUAAAUUACCACUACGUAGUUGUAAUACCAUGCCUCAAGAGACGGUAAGUUAGUUUUUUGGUUUUGCUUUAAUACGAUCAUUAAGAUGAACAGAACAGAUAACUUUAUAACGAUUGCAUUUUCUUUACAGUAUUG